AUGCUUAUUCAAACGGUGAUGGAUUCAUUAGACUCUUUACUUUCUGAUGCUGAUGGGUUAAUCGUAAAAGAUAAAGGCAAACUUGCUGAUAGAGCCAUUUCAGCUGACGUUUCUGUGACAGUUGGGGGCGUUUCUGUAAGUGUUGGUAUUGGGAAUGCACCACCGCCACCCCCUCCACCCCCUCCACCCCCUCCUAGUAACAGUAAUAAUAAACCCAGCAGUAGUCCCGGGCAGGACCCCAAACCCGUUCCUGAUAAUACCAGCGUCGCGAGUGCGACUCAGACGAAUGAUGCGAGCAGUCCGACUAGCAAUAAUUCCCCUCAACAAUCAAACAAGCCAACGAACAACGGUGACACUCCUGUUAUACCCAAUACCAGUAAUGGAGUCUCUAUGUUUGCGCUAUACUUGAGAAGACGUAAGAAAAUAGCAGAAGCUAAAAAUCUGAGUACCGAAAAAAGCCAUUUCGAUUGGGGCAAGGCUGGCGGAUGGGGUACAAGACUUAAGUCAGCGAUACGAAAAAGAAUUGAGAAACAGAAUGUAGAAGAUACUUUUUACGGCGAUACAGUCAGGUUACAUAUUAACGAGGAUUCAAAGAAAGCAGUUGAAAACAGUGAAGAUCCGGUUGACGAAUAUGAAGAAAUCGAUGAUCCCAUUGAAUAUUAUGAUAUCAAGUAUUUGGAAGUACGAGACUACGACGUCUCAUCUAGUAGUAGCAUAUCGAUAAAUACAGCUACGUCGUCCGAUAUUGACGACCACGCUGCUAGCGAACGAUACGAGGCGGAAAGUGCGAAUAACAGCCUACACAAUAGUAUUAUCGACUUUUCAUAUAGUGAAUACCCGCUCAGUCCAGCAGUCCCACCUCAGAUAUUCAUACCUACAUCAGUACUCACAUCUUACAUGGAUACUUCUGAUUUUUCGGUUUCACCGAUUUCGGGGUCAAUUAGUGACAUCUACGAUAAUACAGAUGUUGUAAGCAAAAAGAGAUUAUCGUCCUCAACAUGGUUUUCAAACGCGUCCAUGUCAAGUGGCAAUAACAAAGUCCCCCCAAAAGUACGAUCACCAACACCUUCAGUAACUUCUAGUCGGACAUCAAUGUCAUCUCUACAGGUAGAAGUAAUGACACAAACGUUAUCUGAUCUCUUGACAUCUAACGGAGGAAUGGUAAUCGUACAAGCGAAUGAAAAGGAUAAAGCACCUCAAAUCACGACAGCUGAGAAAAAAGUCAAAUUAAUGAAGCUGACAGAAGCUGACAACGUGUCGAGAAAAAGUUUUUAUGUGAAUGAUGGGAAGUUUAAUGGGAAAACGGUUAGGUCAUGGGCAAAGGGAUUUAAGAAAGCGAUAGGAUGA